AUGACCGAAACGCUCAUCCAAACACUUCAUGAUGUGAACUACCAACAUAAUCCCAUAAAAGACGUCCGAAUACCCUCAUCAUUCAAAAAAGCCGCCCGCAUCACCAGCACCUCCAUCCAACCCCAUCAAAAUAUCCGACGAAAAAGCCCUCCAGCUCAAAUCCAAACUCUACCCGCACGGCCGCCUCCCUCUCCUCCGGACGAACCCCUCACCCCCCCCUACACCGUCCCCGACAUCCGCGACCUCUCCCUCUACGACCUCGACACUCCGCUCGACGACCUCUUUCUGCGUCUGCCGAUGGCAUCGUCGCUCUACGCCGGGUAUUCCAAGAUAUUCAAGAAGUUCAAGUCCUGGUAG